UUCUCGACGCAGCACAUGAAAGAGAACAUCUUCCACAUAAUAUCACGCAUUUGUAUUUGUAUUUGUAUUUGUAGAGUAUAUUAAUUAAUUUCGUAAGCAGCACGAUGGGUUUGCUGACAAUUUUGAAGAAGAUGAAGCAGAAGGAGCGCGAGAUGCGGCUGCUGAUGUUAGGUCUGGACAACGCGGGGAAAACGACCAUCCUGAAGAAGUUCAACGGGGAAGACGUGAGCACCAUCUCCCCCACGCUGGGCUUCAACAUCAAAACACUGGAGCACCGAGGUUUUAAAUUGAAUAUUUGGGAUGUAGGUGGUCAGAGGUCUCUGCGCUCUUACUGGAGGAACUAUUUCGAGAGCACAGACGGGUUGGUAUGGGUGGUGGACAGCGCAGACAGACUCAGACUGGAGGACUGCAGGCAGGAGCUCAGCUCGCUGCUGCUUGAGGAGAGGUUAGCUGGUGCAACGCUGCUGGUGUUUGCCAACAAACAGGAUUUACCAGGAGCGUUGUCCAAAGAAGCCAUCAAAGAGGCCCUGGCCCUGGAUGAGAUCAAGAACCACCACUGGUGCAUCAUGGGUUGCAGUGCAAUUACAGGAGAAAACUUGCUAUCAGGAAUAGACUGGAUGCUGGAUGAUAUUGCUGCGAGGAUAUUCACCGCCGACUGAGUGCUUUUGAUCGCUGGCCAAGCCCUCUGGUUCAGAAAACUGACACUGUAGAGGACCGGUUACAUCAAUGUUUUUUUUAAUUUUUUUUUUUUCAAGUUUGUGCAAUGUGGCUUGACCGAAUGAACUGUGGUCCUCAGGCUUUUGUGUAUUUUUUUCUGCCAAUAAAUGUAGCUGUCGAUAC